UUGUGCAAAUGCUGUACAUUAUUAACUAGUUCUGUAGUAUUUAAAGGUGUUAUCUGCUUGCCUAACUCGUAAUACUUGUGUAUGUGUACGAGUGGUGUUGACUGUAUAUGUAAUGCAUGUAUGUCGUGUUAUUGUACUCGUCCCGUCUGCACUGGUAGAGUUUAUGGCUGAGUGCACACCACUCUACAUGUGUUGAUCGGAUAUCUAUUCAUGAAUUUAACUUCCUGUAUCGAAUCAUGGCCACCAAACGAUGGCGACUUCUCUGGUCGGAAAAUACUCACACAUUAACAGACGUUGUGAAGGAUCUUGGCAUUCCCGUUCUCGUGAAAGUGGAUGAAAGCACAUAUGAAAUAAAUGACGAACGGUUCAAACGCGGAGAUCUACUCCAAAUACAUAGUAAGAAGACAGUAACAAAGGUUGUUGGUAGUGUUAUGGACGAUGAUGAAAGUAGAACGCCACCACAGAGCAGAAAAAAAAUAAAUCGAAUCGAUAACAUCAGCAUUUCAGUUGGAAACAAACGAGGACUCACCAUCAAGCGUCGUGACGCUGGACUCAAGGUUUAUCAAAGUGUAAGGCAGCUGGUCAAGGAGCGUCCAAAGUAUGUACGAUUGAUCAAUGACACUACGGACAAAAGAGGGUACACCAUCAAGGCCAAGUCCGAUUUUGAGAUUAUUGGCACGGAGAAAGGGGGUGGAUUGUCAGGUUUGUGUGAUGGCUAUAACUACACCCUUUGUCUAGAUCAGCCGUUAAGAUGUCUAUUGCUAUCGGACUCUACAGUUUACACUAUACAAGAGGUGAUAGAUAGAUAUCCUCUUCCCCAGAUUGUGUCAUUUUCUACGGCAGAAUCACCAAACUUAGGAGUUAACCCGUACACAGGAAUGAAGGAUAUUUCUCUUGAUGGCAAGUGUGUUGAAAUCAAAAGUGUCAUACAACAGGAGGUUUUUAUAGGUACUCUCAAUCCAUCUACCAAAUCACCAUCGACCAGUGCGAAAGACAAAUAUAUUUCAACGAUGGUGGUAAUCCCAGUUGAUAGUGUUACAGCAUCACAGCUCCAGGUAAAAAUUCCACAACAGCCUGAAGAUGACAACUAUGGGGUCGUCAUGUCUAAGACACUUCCAAAGACAGACGAUGCUUUUGCUGCGAUCGAGGAAACAAUAGACACUGUCAAUUAUCCAAAUGUUUUAUUUGUUCCGAGAAAGGAAAUACCGAAAUUGCCACAGAGGCACAUGAAACGAACCCCUCCGACUGCACAAGGGAGAGCACAGACAAAGCCGACCAAAAAGGAACAAACAAAUUAUGAUGACGACGACGGCGACGAUUAUGAGCCUGUUGGUCCACAAGUGCUACCAUCCGCAAAUGGUGCCAAAACUCAGAAACCGAAGCCCCCAAUUCCCACGAAGAAACCGAGCAAAAAUCCGCUUCCAAGUAAGGAUGAGGUGAACGAACCCGCUUUAUAUGAUAGAGGACCAACAGCAGUUGAAUACGAAGAUGAAGAGGAACAUCCGUACGAUGUUAUAAGUGAUCUGGGGUGUAAAGAAAUAACAAGGGGUAAAAGAAUAAAGUCCGACUCUGAAAGCAUUGAAAGCCUACUAUCCAAAGUGCCGACGAAAGUAAGAGACGGGUUGCUUAAAGUACAAGCGGAACUCCUGAACUUGAAGGGGAAGGUGAUCAGGAGGGACAGCAUUAUGAAACCAAGUGACAGGAAAAAACCAGAUAAACCGCGGUCAUUGUCAUGCAGUUCUGAUUUCGAGACAAAACCACAUGUCAAAGCUACAGUGCCUGGUGCUGAGACGGCAAAUGAUACUAAACCAACCAAAGAGGGAAAUAUGUCUAAGAAUGUUUUAUCGAAAUUAAGAGGUAUUGUACCAAAGAACAGGAAGAUGUCAUCAAAAGAAAAAUUUGCCGCUCUAAAUAACGCUGAACUUAUAGCAUGUUUACAGCGCUGUGGUCUAAACAAUAUGGUUGAUGAGGUGAAAAAAGAAAAUCUAGAUGGAAAAUUUUUCUAUGAUGUAGAUGAUGAGACCAUGAGAAGCACGUUUGGUCUUGGCAACAUUCAAUUGAUGAAGUUUAACAAAUUGCGCGAUUUCGGCUGGGAACCGAAGACUGACUAGAAUGUUUGUUUCUAGUCGCCUUAAAUUCAUGAUUUGCUUGUAUGAUACUGUAUCUCAAAGAGUUAGCAUCCAUCUACGUCAAUACGAAAUAGGAUCGUCUGUAGACCAGAAAUGGUGUAUAGGACAGAGGUUACGUGACACAACCAAUAUGAUAAAAUAUCAUCUUAGUAAUGUCAUAUAACUUCUAUCAUAUGUACUUUACCAACCUGAAGAAAAAUAUUCCAGAAGAAAUGCUGUAUAGUACGAGGGUCGAUUGAUAUGUUGUGAGCCUCGUAUAGAAGGAGGUACUCAAUGAUGUUCUUUUUUUAAAAGUCCUGCUAUUCUCUGACCAUGUAGGGCCGUGUACCCAAGGACUGAUCUCAUUUGGUUAGUUUAUAUCGAAGAGGUAGCACUUUUAAGUAAAUAAGACAAGUGGCUUUUGAAAAAUGGACAAAAUCGGUUGGGAUUGAAGUGAAAGAGUCUGUCAUUGCCAUGCUGUCAUUCACGAUUGUGGCUUUAAAUUGAUUGAGUAUGAGCCUUAUUCAUCUUAUCUCGCUCCAUCAGACUUUCAUCUAUUUCCAAAACUGAAAACAGCUAUUUCAUGCACCAUAAGCAUUGAGGCCCUUAAAGACCGUUGGCAAAAGUGAAUAGAUACUGAAGGGGAUUAUGUUGAAAAAUUAAUACAAUAUGUCCGGCAAAAUUCAAAUAAUUUGAUAUGAGACUCACAACAUAUCAAUUAGCCCUCGUAACAAGUACAUGUCCAAACUUAAUGACGAAGUGUCAUGUGACCUAUUUGUAUCUGUCACAGUGUUUUUGUUAUUUGUUGACAUUUACGACAUUUCCCAGAAACACCUUGACCAAUAGUUAUUCUAUGAUAGGCGUAAUGAAAUAUAUUGUUCAUUGUUUAUCUACUGAACGUAUGUGGCUGUUUCAUGUUGUAUGCCUAAAUGUGAUCGUUUGUAAUUUAUUCCUAUCUACAUUUUAUCACUAGCCCUCCACCUCUGGGUUGCGAAUUCGAAACCCACGUGGGGCAGUUGCCUGGUACU